AUCAUUGCGCUACCGUUCCCCAAGUUCAUUAGCAUAACGAGGUGAACACGUGCGGUUCGCGGCAUUAGGAAAAUCGCAGUUCCCUCAUGCCCGAUGCGCUGUGCGUCAGGUUCAAUUGAUCUGGACCCCACCACCUCCAGCGAUGGUGGAAGGACUCUCCUGAGGAAGUGAAGUUGUCGGUAAAGUUUUCUCUGUGUCUCGCUGAAAUUAACGUCAUCGGUAUGGGAAACUGCUGCUCAUCGUGCUCGAGAUUCAGGGCCAUCUUCCGGCCUGCGGUCGAUGGGACGCCGAUGAAGGAUGUCUGCACGAGGCCGGAGUGCCUGCCAAAGCCACCGACAUCGUCGGAAAAUGGGGGUGACUGGGGGAUACCCAUGCUGACGGUCCUCCGGGUGGACCCGUGCAUUGACGAGAAUGGCGAGGCCCACAGGACGUCGAGGUACGAGUUGAUGAACCGCGAAGGGGUCAAUGCCAGGUUGAUUGUCCGUAGGGGUCAGGAGUUCUUCAUGAGGCUACAUCUCAACCGGGAUUACGAUCCUACGGUGGACGGUAUCUCGAUAGUCUUCACCCUCGAUGGUGUUAAAAAACCGAAUUAUGGGAAUGGGACGUUUGUGGUGACGCCUUUACUCAAUUUUGGGGAGGUGUCUGAAGGCGCGUGGCAGGCGUCCCUCGAUUCUCUCGAACCGAAUUCAAUCAGGAUAAAGAUAAUAUCGCCGCCGGACGUGCUAAUAGGAAAAUGGAAAAUGGACAUUGACGCCAAGCGUAAAAAUUCAUCAGGUGCCAUAAGUUUCAGCGUUAACGAGCCAUUCUACAUUAUAUUCAACGCCUGGUGCCCAGAUGAUCCAGUCUUUAUGGAAGGUGAGGAGGGCCGUCAGGAGUACGUAAUGGCAGAUGCGGGUCUCAUCUGGCGAGGAAGCUACAAGCAGAUGAGACCAACAGUCUGGAAAUACUCCCAAUUCGAGAAGGACAUCCUAGACUGCUCUCUCCACCUCGUGACGGACGUGGCAAAGGUCCGUGUGACAGGUAGGCAUGACCCUGUCACCAUAACCCGAGUGCUGUCGGCUGCUGUCAACUCGCCAGACGACAACGGCGCGCUGAUGGGGAACUGGUCCAACGAUUUCGAUGGGGGAACACCACCGACCAAGUGGCUAGGAUCCCAGAAGAUCCUCCAGGAGUACUGGAAGACCAAGAGACCGGUGAAGUACGGCCAGUGCUGGGUGUUCUCCGGGGUCCUAGCCACUGUCUGCCGAAGCCUGGGAAUCCCCUGUCGCGUCGUGACGAAUUACUCGAGCGCUCAUGACACUCAGGGCAGCCUCACUGUCGACUACUUCGUCGACGCCGAGGGCAAGAUCAUGGAGGAAUUGAACAGUGACUCAAUCUGGAAUUUCCAUGUAUGGGAUGAGGUUUGGAUGAAGAGAUUGGAUCUCGGGCCGGAGUACGCUGGAUGGCAGGCCAUCGAUGCCACUCCACAGGAAUUGAGCGAGGAUGCAUAUAGAUGUGGACCUGCGUCAGUUGCGGCUGUCAAGAGAGGUGAAAUUCAACGGCCUUACGACAAUGGUUUUCUCUUUGCUGAGGUCAAUGCUGACAAAGUUUUUUGGAGAUACAAUGGACCCACUCAGCCACUCAAAUUGAUCAGAAAAGAUAUCUAUGGCAUUGGACGACAGAUUAGCACGAAAGCCGUGGGUUCAUGGACUCGUGAGGAUAUAACUCACAUGUACAAGUACCCCGAAAAAUCCGAUGACGAACGAGAAGCCAUGCUGAAAGCCCUCCGCCAAAGUGAAUCUCUCUUUAGUCGAUAUUACCUCAAUGAGGAAUUUAACGACGUUAUGUUCAAUUUUGAAUUGCAAGAUGACAUUAUCAUCGGACAGCCGUUCAGUGUCAUACUCCUGAUCAAGAAUAGGAGCAGCGAGUUUGAGUAUCGAGUAUCAGUUAUUCUGCGGGUGGAGGUGGUAAUGUAUACGGGAAAAGUUGGCGGGCCAAUCAAGAGAUCGGAGGUGGAUAGAUUAGUCAAACCCGGGGAUCUCGAAGAAGUGAGAUUGAAUGUCUCGUGGGAGGAAUAUGGCCCGAGAUUGCUCAAUCAGUGCGCCUUCAAUAUUGCGUGUCUGGCUACUGUUAAGGAUACGAAUUUUGAGUACUAUGCGCAGGAUGACUUCAGGGUGGAAAAACCGAGAAUUGAUAUUGAGAGGAGAACGAAUGCAGUAGUUAACGAAGUCCUCGAGGCGACAGCGAGCUUCACAAAUCCCCUCCCCAUAUCCUUGAAGAAAGGACAAUUCCUGAUAGAAGGUCCAGGCCUGGAGAAGCAAUUGAAAAUAAAACUCUCCGGGAGUGUUCACCCUGGGGACGAAGCCACCUGCACUUUCUCCAUGACUCCAAAGCUCGAGGGUAGAUCAACAAUAGUCGUCAAGUUCCACUCGAAGGAGCUAGACGACGUCGACGGAUUCCUGAACUUCAUGGUGAAAUCGGCGCAAUACUCCAAUAAUGGUUACUUGUAAUUCCUCGGGUCGAAAAAUUUUGUCGGGCUUUUGGCUUCAUUUGUCCAUCACGAAUGGUCGGUUGAAGAGCCGGUCUGUUCCGUGAGAAUAGCCGAAUGCACCAAGUACCGGCCAAAAUGCAGUCACUGGUCGUCGAAUUCUUCUAAUUUCUUCGUAGACUUAGGAAAAUUUAGGAAAACAGAGGAAAAAUUUUUCAGUCAUUGGCCUUUACACAUGCACGAAAAAAAAUUAAUAGAAAAGUCUGGCGAAUUCGCUAGACAAAUCUAUUGGAUUUCUAUCGAACAUGCUAUCAGUUUUCGGCGGAUUCCACAGAGAUUUUCUGAAGAAUUUCCUGGGCUCAAAUUUCCCAAGUUUUUCUGUUUGAUUUUCUUGAGGAAAAGAGAAGAAAAAUAGAGUGAAGUAGACUUAGAAAAGUUGAGCUGAGGGAAUUCUAUAGAAAAUAUCUCACUAGAAUAAUUUGUAUAGAAAAAUCGAAUUCUAUUGAAUUUUUGUAUAGAAUAUAUUUUUUUUAAUAAUAGAAAGUUCAAUAGAAAUCAAAUAGGAUUGUUUAGCGCAUUUGUUAGGUUUUUCUAGUAAAUUUUUUCCUGUAUGUAUACCCAGACCAACAACCGACCAAGUCACUGAGUUGACCUAACACCAAAUUUCCGACUCGGGUCAUUACAAAAUGCCAAGUACUUACGUCUAAACACAAUUCUCCUUGUCUAUCAAAAUCCAAGCCAAAGUAAUGAUUUAUGCCGCUUAAUUCUUGCAUCGUGAUUAAUCAAAGUAUUUAUAUUGAAAUAUAUUACAAUUUUAAUGCUCAUAAUAAGAAAUGUAAAAUGAAAAAUGUGAUACGUCGAAAUCCUGCCGCUUCACGUCGAGUCUCUCGACGAAAUAUGUUAAGUUAUCCAUUCAAUUCAUGAAUGUAAUGACGAUAAUAAAGAAGAUAAAUGUUU